AUGACCAACAUUUCUUGCAAUUUUUCUAUCUUGUCUUCAACCGUUUCAAGUACUGAAACCAUGCCGGAGGCUCAAAACAACUAUCUGGAUGAUCUUCAGAGCGAUUUUAUCGACGAUUAUAGUGUUCAUGAUAAGAACAAGAAGGCACUUCAAUUCAUUGAAGAUGUUACUAAUAAUGCAGAAGAGGUUCAGAAGCAGGUGCUCAAUGAAAUAUUAUCGCGUAACGCCAACGUUGAGUACUUGACUAGGCAUGGACUUAACGGGCAUAGAGACCACGAAACCUUCAAGAAGGUGAUGCCUGUUGUCACAUAUGAGGAUUUACAGCCAGCUAUUGAUCGUAUUGCCAAUGGUGAUACUUCACCUAUUCUUUGUUCUCAACCCAUUUCAGAGUUUCUGACAAGCUCUGGAACAUCUGGAGGAGAGAGAAAGCUGAUGCCAACAAUUGAAGAGGAGCUUGGGAGGAGAUCACUGCUUUAUAGUCUUCUGAUGCCUGUGAUGAACCAGUUUGUUCCUGGUUUGGACAAGGGCAAAGGAAUGUACUUUUUAUUCAUAAAGUCAGAAGCUAAGACACCAGGAGGUCUUUUAUCUCGUCCAGUUCUAACUAGUUACUACAAAAGCUCAUAUUUUAGGCAGAGGCCUUAUGAUCCUUACACCAACUAUACAAGCCCGAACGAAACAAUUCUAUGCCCAGAUUCUUACCAGAGCAUGUACUCUCAAAUGCUAUGUGGGCUUUGUCAAAGCAGCGAAGUUCUUAGAGUUGGAGCCGUCUUUGCUUCUGGUUUCAUUCGGGCCAUCCGAUUCCUUGAAAAACACUGGCCUCUUCUUUGCAAUGACAUUCGAGAUGGCACAAUAGACUCCCAAAUCAGUGACUCCGUGGUGAGAGAGGCUGUCAUGAAAAUUCUUAAACCAAAUCCAAAGCUUGCAGAUUUCAUCGAGGCCGAAUGUAGCAGGGGAUCAUGGAAAGGGAUCAUCACUAGGUUAUGGCCCAACGCCAAGUAUAUCGAUGUAAUUGUGACAGGAACAAUGUCACAAUAUAUUCCAACUAUUGACUAUUAUAGCGGUGGCCUCCCUCUAGUUUGCACAAUGUAUGCUUCUUCUGAAUGUUACUUUGGUGUUAACCUUAGUCCUCUAUGUAAGCCAAGUGAAGUCUCUUACACCCUUAUUCCCACCAUGGCAUAUUUUGAGUUUUUACCCUUGAAUCAGAAAGAUGGAGGCACUGAUUCCCACUCUGAAACAACACCAGAAAAUCCAAAAGAGCACCACAAAUUAGUGGAUCUCACAGAUGUUAAACUUGGACAAGAAUAUGAGCUUGUGGUCACCACUUAUGCAGGACUUUAUCGCUACCGGGUUGGGGACAUACUAAGAGUAGCUGGAUUCAAGAACAAGGCGCCCCAGUUCAAUUUUGUAUGUCGAAAGAAUGUUCUUCUGAGCAUCGAUUCCGAUAAAACGGAUGAAGUUGAGCUGCACAAUGCCGUGACUAAUGCAUCUAAGAAUCUCUUGCCAUUUGAUGCAAAUCUCAUAGAAUAUACAAGCUACGCAGACACAUCCACCAUCCCAGGCCACUAUGUCUUAUACUGGGAAAUUGGCUUCAGUAAUGGCGCUGUUACUACAAUUCCCCCAUCAGUCUUUGAGGAUUGCUGCCUUACCAUGGAGGAAUCAUUGAACAGUGUCUACCGACAAGGUCGUGUGUCUGAUAAGUCGAUAGGCCCCUUGGAGAUUAAGUUGGUAGAGAGUGAGACAUUUGAUAAGCUCAUGGACUAUGCACUCAACAAUGGUGCAUCAAUAAACCAGUACAAGGCACCAAGAUGCGUGAAAUUUGCCCCCGUUGUUGAGCUUUUGAACUCGAAAGUUGUUUCGAGUUACUUCAGUCCCAAAUGUCCUAAAUGGGUUCCUGGUCACAAGCAGUGGAGUUCCAGCAACUGA